UAGAGGUUGAGAUAGUAAAAGAGCUUCAAAAAUGCAUAAUAACGGCUUUCCUUAUUUCCUCCAAGCUAACUAACUUCUCCUUUUGAAAAAGAAAAAUUCCAUUUCUUCUUCACUUAGAUUAAUGGUUCAAAUCUACUUUUUAUUUACCUGCCGCGAAUUGCCGAGACCCUUUCAGAUGUGGAUAUCGGACCUAGUCCGUUGUUCCCGCUUCCGGUUUGAGCAUGGAAUGAUCCUGUUCUGACAGUGACAGGGUUCACGAAAACGUGAUCGGCACUUGUAGGACUUCCAUGAUUAAUCCUUUCCCAACGAACUGUCUUCAGUCCUCGUGAGAGGUCCUUGUUCAUUUGAGAAACGCAUCAGGACCAUGGCAGGGUGUGAAGACGUGCCCAGGCGCACCUGCAUCCCAAUAUUGCACACUCGGGGUACCCACUUUGAAGUGGGACUGGACAUCGGUCGAACCUUCCAAGCCAAUAUCGAGACUUUCAUGUCCACGAAUGAUCAUUUGAACAACGUCCUGGUAGAGAAAUAUCAAUCGGCUAAAGUUCGUCGGAUUUACGAGAAAUUGUUACACAAUGCCACGGAAACCUUCCCUCAUUUCGUGGACGAGCUCAAAGGCAUCUCCCAAGGGGCGCGAGUUCCGUUUUUUAAGGUCUUUCUCAUGCACGUGGACGAUGUCAUUUCAUCCAUUUGUGGCAAAGAACCUUAUGGCGGGAUGCUGGGAUCCACCACCAUUUGUUGCGACCAGGAGAAUAAGGUGUUCCUAGGCCAUUCGCAAGACUUCAGUCCGGAUAGCAUCAAUCUGGGCUAUGUGGUCUCCGCUCACAUUUUGGAGGCUGCUCCCCGGGGUCGUUACGGGGUGUCCGAGGAGAAGUUCUCAGCAUUUUGCUUACCCGGAAUGCUACCAGGCCUUUUCAUGGGAUAUAACUAUUAUGGAAUGGUAUUUUCCAUCAAUACCAUCUCUACUGGCAAAAUCAGUGUCAACCGCACUCCGCGUCAUUUUCUAUGUCGAGCCCUUCUCACGUGCUCCAACAUGUUUGACGCCAUGGAGAUCGUUCAAGACGAAGGCCAGGGCAUAUCGGACGGCAUGUCCGUCAAUAUGAUUUUCUGCCAGCAAGAGGGUGCCCCAUUAUUCCACAAUGCUGAAGUGGCACCACCUGCCAACGAAGCGACGUUGGAAUCACAAGUUAGUGUUCUGACAUUGAGCCCUGGGGAAUGCUUAACUCAUUGCAACAAGUUCCUGCGAGUGAAAGCAGACCAGAGUGACCAUUUGCCCCUUUGGAGUUCGAAUCACCGUCACGCUGUUUUGGGUCUUUUACCUCGUGUGGAAUCUGUUUCAAACGUGGUGGCCAUUUUGGGUGAUCAGACGGAUGUCAUGUUUUCGUUUUUUCGAGAUGGCGGAGGAAAAGAUCAAGCCCGAACUAUCGUUAUUGGAAUAUUCAAUUUGGUGAAGCUAACUUGGUCUCUUUACACACAGAAUCCUAAGAAUGCAUUGCCUGUCGUUGUUUUGCCUCUGGCUUUGAAGUAGUACAUGGUUUCUUCAUCCAUCACAUGGGACGGACUGAAGAGUGGUGCGAGACCAAGGAUAAACGGGAAUUAUGAAGUGAACUCCGCCCCAAUGACGGUACUGGCAAACUCAAAACAUUGGAAUCGUCUCUGAAAACAUAAAUCGGGUUUUGAAGAUUUUCCAUAUGAUAUGUCUAUGAUUAAACUUGAUUACCCCAAUGCUUUCAA